CUGGUCUUCUUUUCCCAUACCCCAGCCGGAGACACAAGCUAGCACUCUAGUUAGCUUCUCCUCCUCACCUUCCCUAACAGCCAUGGGCAACAGGGUCACCCGGGGAAACUUCGAGUGGGUUUACACAGAUCAGCCCCACACCCAGAGGCGCAAGGAGAUCUUGGCUAAGUAUCCAGCCAUCAAAUCUCUGAUGGGCCCAGAUCCACACUUGAAAUGGAUUGUGUCGUGCAUGGUGCUGACCCAGUUCUGCGCUUGUUACCUGGUCAAAGACUUGUCUUGGCGAUGGGUUUUCUUCUGGGCCUAUGCCUUUGGGGGCUGUGUGAAUCACUCCUUGACCCUGGCCAUCCAUGACAUCUCCCAUAACGUGGCCUUUGGGAACAAAUUUAGUCGGCGGAACCGCUGGUUUGCAGUCUUCGCCAAUCUCCCCAUUGGUGUGCCAUACUCUGCCUCCUUCAAGAAGUAUCACGUUGAUCACCAUCGCUACCUGGGUGGGGACAAACUAGAUGUGGACAUCCCCACAGACUUUGAGUGUUGGUUCUUCUGCACUCCCAUGAGGAAGCUCCUCUGGCUCUUCUUGCAACCAGUGUUUUAUGCCUUUCGACCCUUAUUUGUAAAUCCUCUGGCUAUCACGCAGAUGGAGAUCUACAAUGCACUGACCCAGCUUGCAGUCAACAUUAUGAUCUAUAGACUGUGGGGGCUGAAGCCGAUUGUGUACUUGAUUGCAGGCACUGUCCUCUGUACAGGAAUACAUCCUUUCUCUGGUCACUUCAUUGCCGAGCAUUAUCUGUUUUUGAAGGGCUAUGAGACCUAUUCCUACUAUGGGCCCCUCAACUGGAUGACCUUUAAUGUGGGCUACCACAUGGAGCACCAUGACUUUCCCAGUAUCUCAGGCUUCAAGCUGCCCAUGGUGCGGAAAAUUGCCCCUGAGUAUUAUGACAACCUCCCCCAGCACCAUUCCUGGGUCCAAGUUCUCUGGGAUUUUGUUUUCAAAGACACCAUGGGGCCUGCCUCAAGGACAAAGAGGAUCUACAAGAAGGACUUGAAAGCCUUUUAACCUGCCUUCCAUUUACUUGCUGGGGCCAAUUUGGGCCAGAUUUGGGGAACUAACUUGCUUGGGGGGAGUGGGGAAGAUUGGCCCAGAACUUCACAAUGUGAAUUGUAGAACCUGAGUUGUUUUUUUGGAACGGUCAAAGUAUUGGAAUGUGUUCUUGUUUAAAUAGAGCAGAAACAACAAACCCCACCUAUGCCUAUCCUGCCUCCUGGAAGCUGCCAUUAUAUUCUGAGCAGGGGGCCAAAUAUCAUGACCUGCUGAACUUUUUGCUUCGGUCCUGAAAAACAGAAUUCUCCCUUUGCACUGAUUUAGCUACAAAAGAACUUUAAUUUUGUUUCAGAAGAUCUGGGUUUCAUUGCUGAUUCUACUACUUUUAUUGUAUUCUGGACCAGAGUUGGUCUGAUAAAAUUGGACUAAAUGGAUGAUGUCAAUGGUUCCUUCCGGUUCUAAAUUCUGUGAUCCAGUAUCCUGAAAGUGGCAGGGAGGAGAAGAAGGGAUAGGACAGUAACUUUCCUCUGAGGUGAUCUGGAGCUUCUUGCUGAAGGACCUCAAGAGUGGUCCUUUUGCUUUUCUUGAAUUAUUAAUAUUUUUCUGUAUCAUGCAAAUUUGGGUCCAUCCAGAAGAACUGGUUCUUCAGCAUUUUCACUCCCCCAGUGCCUUUUGGCUUAUUGUUUCUGAACACAUCACAGCUGGUCUCUGGGGCAGAAGAUUAAUGCUUGGAAGGGACCUUAGAUUCAUCCAGUAUAGGAUAUCAGAGGCAUUAGAGGGAAGAAGAUGAGAACAGCCCUUAGAGAUAAUCUAGGAUUCAUUUUUUUGGUAAAGAAACUGAGGCUCAAGAGAAUAUAGGCACUAAAUUUGCUUGUCUGGUAGAUUUGAUACCAGUAUACCCCCAAAUCCUUUGCCAAUGUUUUUCUGCUUCAUCACAUUGUUUCCUGGGAGUAUCUUUAAUUGAAUAGGGGCUUUUUUUUUUUUUUUUUUAAGACUCCAAGGAAUGAAGUUAUAAUAGAAAUGUAAUAGGCACUCAGUGGAGAACAUGUUUGAGUUAGGGUCACUGUAUCAUAUCACUUAACUUAUGGACCCUAAGGCUGGUGGAUGAGGCUCCACACUAGGUCACUCCUGGUAGCUCAGUGGUCAUAGACAUCAGCCCACUUCUUGGGACAAAGGCUUCUUUGCACCUUAACCCCUGCAAAUUGCAUCUCCUGGCAAGUUUAUCUGUGAAGGAACGCUGGACGGGAUUGUUUUAAGUCCAGUGAAAGGUGAUGUGGAAAGAGCAUUGGGGUCAAAGGCCAGAGUCUGAUUUCCUAUACUGCCUCCAGAACCUUGUAUGAUCUUGAACAAGUCAUUUUUCCUCAUUGAAUCUUAGGUUUCCUCAUGUAUAAAAUUAAAUGAUCCGAAUAGAUUAUCUCUAAGGCCUUUUUCAGCACUGACAUUCUAGGGAUUCUUAUGGCUCCAACAUUCUACAAUUCAUGAGUCCAAGCUCCCUUCCAUGUUUGAUAUUUUAUGAGCCUAAUUGUUCUCUUUUAUGCUUUUCACAACUUCCCAAAUUUUUUUGGAGCUCAUUCUUAGGGUUACUAACCAUGAAUGGGUAAGGAAAAUAUCCACGAAUUGGCCUAUGGGCCACUCCACUGGAUGCUUCCUCUGACCUGUGAGGACAUUGCCUAGAGUUGUCCUGUGAGAAACAAAUGCAAUGAAUGUUUGAAACUUGUAUUUCUUAAAGAUAUCCAGACUUAAAAUAAAACAAAAUAACUAAAUCCA